GCGCUACGCCGCGAGAGGGCCAUGGUGCGGGUGGCUGUGGCUGCGCGGCUCCUGCGCCUGCAGUGGCAGAAAGGCCCUGGCCUGCGCCCCGCGGGGAUUGGGGCGGGCAGCGCGCCCAGGAGGUUUGCCGCGGGGGCCUCGGCAGCAACACCCCCCCGGCGCCUCGACCUGCGGGGCAUCUACCCGCCCCUGGCCACCCCGUUCACCUCGCAGGGAGAGGUAGAUUACAGCCGGCUGGAGGAGAACCUGCGCCUCUACUCCGGGAUUCCCUUCCGAGGUAGGGUCGCCAGGCGGGGCAGAGCACAGAGUGGAAAGGGCGGAUGGUGCAGCCACUUUGUACUUUCUGGAGACGGAUGUGGGUCGCAGUUUGUUCCUGUGGGGUUCCGGGGGCGUUGGCAACGCUGUUGACUACGCAUCCACACCAUUCACUUAAAGCGCUAUGAUGCCACUUGGAACAGUCAUCGUUCCCCCCAAAUAAUCCUGAGAGCUGUCGUUGGCUAGAGGUGCAGUGAGUGACGGGCAGCGCCUCCCGUUUAGUCAUUUGGGGCGAAAGGAGACAUGCUGCCCUACCCCACUGGCACCGAUUUUGGGCAAAGCCGUGCCAAUUUCCAGCAAGAUCUGGCACAAAUUGUAUGAGAUCUCACACAAUUUCAGCGAGAUCUUGCCUGAAAUCUGUGCAAUCUCCUCCAAAGUCUGCACUGGUGUUGGUGCCACUUCACUGACAGAUGGUGGUGGGACAGACCCACAAAGAUGCUGCCUCGGGGCUUUCACCGCCUGAGGCAGUGACCUCACCCUACCCAAUGGCUGUGCAGGUCUUCCUAAGAGUACUUAGGAGACCCCUGUUCUCCUCCCAGAGCUACUACAGUGGUACCUCGGGUUACAGACGCUUCAGGUUACAGACUCCGCUAACCCAGAAAUAGUACCUCGGGUUAAGAACUUUGCUUCAGGAUGAGAACAGAAAUCGCGUGGCAGCAGUGAAAGGUCCCAUUAGCUAAAGUGGUACCUCAGGUUAAGAAUAGUUUCAGGUUAAGAACGGACCUCCAGAACAAAUUAUGUUCUUAACCCGAGGUACCACUGUAUUUCCAGAAUGGUUUAAGACAAAUCCCUCUUCAUGGGGGAACUCUGCAAAGUGUAGCUCUUUGAGAGGAAUUGCUCUUCAUACAGUGGUAAGGUAGCUAGGGAUAAGGACCCCAUUCUUGCAAUAUCCUCUCCAAACAGAUUUGUGGGGGUCUUGUUGCAUCCUGGAAGGCAGAUUCACAGUGAACUAGGGCCACCUUCUCUAUAACUCUGAAAAGAGAAACAAAAAAAAUCUCAAUCCCUUUAAGAGCUAUCUGAUACACAGAAAUGCAACGUGUCUUGCUAGACCUUCUGCCCUGAAGCUGAUAAAGGCAAAGAACAUUUUGCAGGAAAAAUGGAUAAGCAAGUGGUUUCACUGUAUUGUAGGCACAGUUAUUCGCAGCCAGCUGGAGGGUGUGUGCGCGCUGGAUGCACCUACUGUGCUGAAACGUCCUUCAGAGCUAGCACUGCUACUUCUCCAGUGGUGACAAUUUAACAGAGCAAAACCAAGCCUUCCAUUUACUUGUUUCAUCCACCGGGACCUUUUCCAGUAAAUAGGAAAGGGGUACACAGCUGAAUUGUCAACUACGCUAUUUCUUCAAAGACACACAUGGCUGCCUGCACGAACUUUGGCCUUCGUCCGCCGCUCUGCUGGAGAUGGGGGAGGAACCUGCAUUUUUUGCGUAUUUUUCCUUCCCCUCCCCCCAAUGAUGCUAUCCUAGUCUUCACUAGCAGAGGACAACUUUGCAUGGAUACCCUACCAGUAACCUGCUGCCAUACGUCCUGGAUUCCACAUGCCCAGGCAUUCUUUCCUAAAAGGUCUUGGUUUACCACCUAUCCAAUUACAGUGACUGCCCUUUUCCAAGUGUAGUUACUAUGCUGCUGACAGUUCCCCAUCCCUGCUUUUAUAGUCUUACCUGUUGGAUUUCUGUCUGAAAUGCAGCUGCUAAAGGCACGGGAGCCCUGCCAGGAAGAAGUCAGUAAUGCUGCCCAGCAUGAUUUUCUUCUCCUGGGGGUUUGGACAUGGCUUGGCAGGCAAGAGUAGAAAGCUUCUGUAACUCAACUGUUGUUAUAGCUGUGAGACAGGAGUCUUCAUUUGGUUGGCUACUUACCACCUUCUUGACUUUGUGGCCAAGCCCACUCUUAGAUCACCAGACUGCAGCUAUUGGUGCUCCGAUAACAUCCUGGUUAGACUACUGUCAUGUGCUCGAUGUGGGGCUGUCUUUGAAGACUUCAUCAAAUCUUCAAUAGGCUCAAAUUACAGCAGCUAGGAGGAAGCAGUUACGAGUUACCAGUCUCUGCAGCCACAGCAGGCGCUGUGAUUCUUCAGUGGUUUGACUUUACCCCCAGAGGCACACUUCAAGAGCUAGACUGAUGCCUGGAACAUGUUCCUAUGAACAUACCUUGCCCAUUUUAAAAGUUCAGCACUGGCUACCAGGAAAAUUCCAGGCACAAUUCCCUGUCAUGAGGGUAUUGACAUUUAAAGCUGUAAAUAGCCUGGGACCAGGGUGCUGGAUAAUACGUGAUUUUAAUAUUGGCUGCAUGGGACUUUCUCUGGGUGCCCUUGCCAUUAGAGGUACAGCAGCUGGGGAGAGAGACCUCAGUGUUGGCACCCUCCCCAAGCAGAUUUAUGGAGUCCAUUUUUGCGCAAUUAUUGUUUAGAUUACAGGUUAACAUUUUUAAAAAAAACAUCAGGGUUCCUACUCCACUCCUAGUUCGUCUAGUUUUAUUCACUCCUGCUUUAUUGUUUUCUACUGCUAUUUGGGCUUGUUUUGUUCAUGCUCAUUUGUUUUACAUUUCAUCAUGUUAUAUCUCUCUCUAUAUAUAGCUAUAUAGCUAUAUCACUAUCUACACACACACACACACACACACACACAGCGCUUUUUUUCAGCCAGAACUCGCCAGAACUCAGUUGGGUGCCAUUGCCAUUAUAAGAGAACAAGGGAGACGUUCAUGGUGAGUUCUGGCACCUUUCUUUCACACACACACACACACACACACACAAUUUUACUGUUUUUAGGUUUUGGUGUUUCUCUGUUUCUUUGGGGUCCUUCUGUUUAAAAGCAAAACAUAAACUCUUCAAAUGAAAAUGGCUGUUCCCACUGCCAACUCUCUCUCUCUCUUUUUGCAGGUUUUGUGGUGCAGGGUUCCAAUGGGGAAUUUCCCUACCUGACUCAACAAGAACGCCUGGAAGUGGUGAGACGUGUGCGCCAAGCUAUGCCCAAGGAUAAGCUCCUGCUGGCUGGGACCGGAUGUGAAUGUGAGCAGCAUGCAGGGGAUGGGGCCAGAGGAUGCCAUUCUCCAGCUGCACCACAUCCUGAAUUAAGAUGCUAGAGCUGAACAAUGAUCUUAUAUAGGCACUUUCUAUCCCCUGCUUCCAUCUCUGGUUCUCGGAGCCUCUUAAUCUCACUGAGCCCAUCCUUUGGUCCCACAGGCCUCUUAAAACCCUUUUAUUAUUUUUGUCCAUUUAUCCUCUUUGUCCUCCUUCCUUUAGCAACUCGGGGCACCAUUGAGAUGACAGCACAAAUGGCUGAUAAGGGCGCAGACGCUGCCCUCGUGGUGACGCCUUGUUACUUCCGGGGAAGCAUGACCAGUGCAGCCUUGAUUCAUCAUUACAAACAGGUGAAGGAUGGGGCGCAGGCAUCUCCCUGGUCAGAGCCGCAGGGACUGGGGGGAAGGCUGAGAUGGUACCAAGAUGGUGGUAGCUUGUAUUACAGGUUGGUUGAUGUUGCAGGCAUGAGUGGAUUUUCAAUAGAAAUGCAAUUAAAAUAAAUACCUUGAAUUCUGAAUUCAAGUGCAACUUCUCCCUAAGGUGCUUAGGGUUUUUAUUGCAGGCACCAGUGUUUGCCUGGGUUAAAAAGUAUUUAUUCAGAAAGUAAAAAGCUUAUUUGAGAAAGUAAAAGAUGUGGGUUUGAAAAGAGAGUGCAUUUGGUCUCUAGCUACCUUGAAUUUUAGAACAAAGAUCUGUAUAUUAAAUAAUUAUUGUGUCUAAUUCAGAUCAGUGAUGAUUCAUUUGCAGGGUUCGGUGUAGUAUGAAACAUGUGCUGUAUCACCACAGCUACUGAGCAGGGUACCCAUAAAUCAGAAUGAAUAAACACUUGACUUGCUUCUUCCAGGUCCUGUUCCCUUUCAUUAUCACGAUGUUCUUCCUUGGCAUGAGACUGACCUAUGAGUACUAGUUAUUUCGCUUGUGUAUAAGAAGUUAUUUAUUUAUUUCAUAAAAAUUUAUACACCACUUGAUUGUAAAAAACAAAAAAAUCGGUUUCCAAAAAGAUAUUUUUUUUUUAAAAAAGGAAAGGUUUACAGCUAUGCUUUAAAACAUACAAGAGUUAAAAUACUAAAGCAGAUUAAAAUUACCUCACCUUUCUAAGCACCUGGGUAGACUUGUCUAAACAAGAAUGUUUUUAGCAGGUGCUGAAAAGAGUUAAAUGGUUCCCCAAGUCAAAAGAUGCUGGCAGACGCUUAGGACUGCCUGGGAGCCAUUGGCUGCCAUAUUAGGGCUGCAAGUCUUGUUGAACAUUGCUGUGUUGGAAGAGUGGAGAAAGAUAGUCCAGAAAAAUGAGCAUUUUGUUGUAGGGAUGAUGAAACCUAUGUCGCCACUACAACUCCCAUCAUCCCCAGCCAGCAUGGCCCAAGGGUCAGGGAUGAUGGGAGUUGUAGUCCUGCAUCAUCUGCAUGGCCGCAGGUUUGUUGUAUUGCUUCACACUGAGAAUUUAAAAAACCCAGACCUGUCCAGUCCCAGUGAAAACAUUGGCUAGUAAGUGUAACAGCACACACAGUAAGUGUAUCUAUACAAGAUCUAGCACCGCAAAGGGAUGACUGGGGUUGACAUGGAUUUUACUGUGUGAAAGGAAGCAUGUGAACUAGUCUUUGAAGGGUAACCUGCUGUGUGGAGGCUUCUCGCGGUCUGCAUGUGGGUUUCCCCAUGUGCCACGAUCAUGCUAUUUUGUGUCCUCAGGUAGCUGAAGCAUCUCCAAUCCCUGUGAUACUCUACAGCGUCCCGGCCAAUACGAAUCUGGAGCUGCCCACCGAUGUGGUGCUCAGCCUAGCACAGCACCCCAACAUUGUGGGGAUCAAGGACAGUGGUGGCAAUGUGAGUGAAGGGGGGAAGGCCGGGUGCUGAGACAAAGUGGGUUGCGAUUUCAUCUUGGGGUGCUGGCAAGAAUCUGAGUUGGAGGGCCUGUCAGUAUUGGCCCUCUUAAGCAAGCUAAUGGCUCACAGGGGGAUUUGUGGACCUGCCAGCAGGCCCCCUCCUCCUAGAGUACUGAAAGAUUACCGUAUUUUUCGCUCUAUAAGACGCACCAGACCACAAGACGCACCUAGUUUUUGGAGGCGGAAAACAAGAAAAAAAUUAUUCUGAAUCUCAGAAGCCAGAACAGCAAGAGGGAUCGCUGCGCAGUGAAAGCAGCAAUCCCUCUUGCUGUUCUGGCUUCUGGGAUAGCUGUGCAGCCUGCAUUCGCUCCAUAAGACGCACACACAUUUCCCCUUACUUUUUGGGAGGGAAAAAGUGAGUCUUAUAGAGCAAAAAAUACGGUAACUUAGAAGUACUGUAAUCAUUUCCCACAGCUUAAGGCUGUUUUCCACGUCAGGACACGGCCAGGUGGCAGUUUCCUCACACUCUUACUUUUCAUUAGCUUCGUUAAUGUGUAACCCCAAAAAUUUGGAUCCCCUCCAAACUGAUGCGAAGGUUUUGUGCUCUCUUUAAUAACCCUAAACGCUUAAGCACUCACACGCAGACACUUUCAAACUGUGAUCCAUCCUGCCAGUGGAGCUAAGGAAUCAGCAGUAAUAAAAUAGCUCCAUUUGCUUAUCCCAACAAAUCCAUCAGGAGGUUUGUGACUGGAAAGCGGCUGUGAUCUCUGUCGAACCCAGACCUUCAGUGGUGACUCUACCAGUGUAUUUCACCUCCUUUUGGUAUUACACUAUCUCUGUUUCCCACAAGUUCAACGCCACUUUUGUGGGCCUCUCAUCUACCCAGGAAUUCGGCAGGCUGUGCGUUAACGUGACAGCACCACGUGACCUUAGACUACCACCCUUUGCUUAGUAGCAUUGUCCAUCCAUCCCUCCCUGCUUGAUGUUGCGAUCGCCCAUUGUAGGUAGAGCAUUAGAUUAGUGAAGCAAAAAGAGGGGAGUUGCUGUAGGGGCUGACACUCUUCUUUCAAAGACCAGGAGCUGCCUGGUAGCUUAAAGGGGACAUGAAUAAAGCAAUGGCAGAGCAGCGAUUUCAUUGUCAGCGUCAACUGCUGCCCCCACAUUUUGAUGGAUGCCUACUGCUGUCCUCCCCUAUCAAGCGAUCCCCUCUCUUGCCAGAUCACCCGCCUCGGACUGCUUGUCCACAGGACCGAACAUGAGGACUUCCAGGUACUGGCAGGAUCAGCUGGUUUUCUGCUGGCCAGUUACAUUGUAGGUAGGUGAUAUUGGGAGCUGAUGUCCAUACGGGGCAGUUCUGGAGAGAGUGGCUGGCUGGCUGUUUCAGGACAUGGGGAAGGGUUACAAAGUCGCCUAGGGUGUGCAUUAUAACAUUUGUCAAGAGAUUAAAAAAGCAUUUUCCAACUUGGUUACCCUUGAGCAGAGUAUGAUCGAUCUUCCUUCCUUCCUUUUCUUUCUUUCUUGUAGAAGUUGGAAGCUGCUAUAGGAAGCCCAACAUUUGGUCCAGGCUUUGCUAGUUUGACAUGAGCAGAGAGCGAAAGCAUGCUGGGGGAGUGGUGUAUCAUGCAAAAAUGCCUGUUUCACUGCCUAGGUGCUCUAUUCUUUUUUUGAUGGAACUAUGCUCCUUGCUCCAGGUGCUGCUGGAGGGAUUUGUGCCCUUGCCAACGUGCUUGGCUCUCCAGUCUGUCAGCUUGAGCAACUGUGCUGUGCUGGAAGCUGGGAUGAGGCCCGUGCACUGCAGCACCGACUCAUUGAGCCUAACAUUGCGGUAAGAGGCAGAAAACGGGAGGAAAGUGGGACGUAAGAAGUGGAAACACCCCACUUCCUUGGGAAUGUAUGGGGAGGAAAAGGCCCAACUGGAAAAGAGGUAAUGCUUUGGUGGAGCUCCCAACAGAACAACAUACAGUUGUUGCUCAUGGUCUGGAACACAGGCUGUGGGUCAAGUCCUAUCCUUCCCCAUCCUUUGCAAACUUGAUCAGCCGUAUGACCAAGCAAUUGUGUUUUAUUGCUUGCCCUUUAGUCUUACAUUUCUCCCACUUUGCCCUAUCCUAUUCUGCGUGAGCGUCAGUGUUCUGAGCCAUCUCAGCAUUCCAUUUUUAUUUCUGUGACAAUUUUGGGAACGUCAGCCAUGCUUUGGAUUUUUCUUGGCAAAACCUGUGACUUAUUCACACUACAAUCUUCUGGAUUUUGCAAAAGCAUGAUAUGCAACUGUGAAUUUUUAUUUUAUUUUUUGGCAGUUUCUUUUCGGCUCCAUUUAAUAAUUUCAGAAACGUAUCUGGGGCUUGUAAUUCUAGUACUAAUCCUCUGGAGCCCUUGCACCUCCCUCCCAAAGCUUGAUAAGCAAAGAAAACCUGCUGGGUGUACAGGUGGGGAAAAUAAAUAAAUAAAUAAAUGAAGAGCAGAGAACAGUUUCCCCAGUUCUCCAUGUAUUAACUUAUUCCCCCCACCUGUGUAAGAUUGCAAUCGCAUAAGUAAAGUGAGCGCAAGUUGUAAGCUUACCGUAUAUCCUUGUACUAGUAGUACUUUAUUAGACCUCAUGUAGUCUAAGAAUUAACCAACCACUUCUUCAAAUGCACAUACACUGUUGACUUCAAACGUUCACGCUUAGUAUGAUCUGCACCAGUACCUCCUUGCCUGAAUUGAUUAAGUGUCAAACAGGAAUUCCUGGGUCAUAACACUUGCCCAUGUCUAAUGUUCUGGACAUUCUGUGACCACAGACAAGUCCUUGAUGGUGCAAUUCUUCAGUUUCUGCAGGCUUAGAGCUGAGUGAUGCUUGUAGGAAAAGGGGGUUCACGUACACCUCUGCCACACUGUUGGCCACAGAGCAGUUCUGAGUGCCCCACACUGUUUCUCUUUCCACAGGUAACAAGCAAGUUUGGAGUCCCAGGCCUGAAACAGGCCAUGGAAUGGUUUGGUUUAAAUGGGGGCUUCUGUCGCUCUCCCUUGCUCCCGCUAAGUGAGGCACAAGUGAGGGAGCUGCGCCAGGAUUUCAGCUCCAACGGAUGGCUCUGAAAGAUGAAGCUGUUCCAGGCAAUGGUCGGAACCUUGAAAUGGGCAGCAGGCAUAUUGCCAGUUAAGCCUCAAAUUUCAUAUCCUGCAGCAUACUAAAAUACAGCUUAUUCAACUUAUACUGUUCAUUGGCAUGUUUGAAAACCAAAGUAUUAUCACAAGUGAAACAGCAUAAUGAAGAUGCCAGAAAGGUUUUCAAAUGGGCAAGUAAGCACUUUUCAUGGCAGUAGCUCUGAAUUCCUUUUCUCAUAGAGGUUCUAACCCUUUCUGCUUGGAAUCGCCAAAUUUGUCCUUAGCUGGGGUACUUAUCUAUUGUAUCAAAUUGUCCAUUUGAGGCCCAUUUAACAUUUGAGUGCCCGAGGCACUAUCCUUUCAGGUUGACUUCCUUCCCCCUGCUCCCCAGCUGACGAGAAAGAAAAAAGACCCCAUGUCCUUUGCUUUUCCAAGAGGGGGUCUGGAUAACAGCUGGAGCCAGCAAAAUUAAAACUGCCAUGGCCUGCCAAUAGACAGAGUUGCAGUCCAACAAUUUCUGGAAGGAAAUAGGUGCCUCGUCUGCCUAUUCCCCAUCAGUACAAUCUUCCAAGGUGAUGUCAAAGGAGUUUGCUGCAUGACUACAUGGCCUACUUCCAUAAGUCAGUAGAUGUUGACCAGCUGCAAAUUCACAAGGUGUGUAAGAAUGAAAGAGGGUGGAGCCAUAUUUGUUUGAUCCAUAGAUUCAUGGUACUGACUGGUGUUAGCUCACCAACUAGGAAGCACCUUUUAACAGGGAAGAUGCUUUAUUUGCAAGAUACUGCUUCCUGGGGCUGAGUCUCUUGCCCUCAGUGACAAAGAUAGCAUGGGGUGGAAUUAAUCUUUAGAAAAGUAUGUUUUCCAGGUAAAAAUGCUUUGCCCCGUCUACUAUCUCAGUAAUGGUACACUCUGCUUGCAAAGGGGAAAUAGAGUGACUGAAUAGAUGAUGAAACCAGCACAAUUUCAGGCCAGAGCUGUGCACUGAACCAAAGGAGGGAAGCAUGGAUUGUCUGCACAAAACAAAAGCAGCAUACAGAGCUGAGUGUGCCUGCUGCUGUAUUCCCCACAUAAAGAUGAUUAGAAAGGCUAUUACAGCAUGCACACAGCCCAUCCUUGCUGAUACGUUACAUCCUUCCAAUAGGGGAAAAAAGACAUGGAGGCAGAGAUUCAGCAACUCUUUAUUUGGCCAAGGCCCUUACAUGGGCAGAGACACAAAAGGCACGAGGGUGGCAUUGACACGCAGACAUUCAGUGUGGAGGUGGGCUGGUAACAAGAGGCUCCAGCAUGGCACUUAGGGACACACACCAUGCAGGUCAAUGCUUGGCUAAGAACACCCCCCAAUCUCAAAACAAUCCCAUGUUUACUUUCAGUGCACAGAAACACAAAGUGGCUGGGUAGAAACUAAGUCGCUCUUCAAAGGCCACUCAGUCCCAACUCAACCCCCCAGCCCAUAAUUUCACAGGCUGAUAUCCCACAGCUAGCUUUCCCCUUCUGCUAGCCCAGCCCUAUAUUUCCAUUCAGCCUGCGAGGACCCUCCCAGGAGCUGUUUCUUUUCUUCCAUGUCAUUGCCCCAGCUUAGCAUGCAAAUGUAUUAGGGAUGCCCUGCGCACUCUCUAGUUUUUGAAGGCUCCAGUGCUCACUUACUUCCCCUACCAAAAUGCUCCUAAAGAGCUACACAGCAUUACCAGAUCUCAGUGCAACCACCUCUUUGGACCUAGUGGACAAAAUGGGGAUGGACACCACUUCUUUUGGGUAUCUACAGGGCUGUGUGUAUGUCAUUUCUCUGUGACUGCAUUCAACAAUAUUGGACACAGCAGUCAGCAUCAUGAGACUCGGUUGUAUAUUUUAAAGCAAAUUUCUAGCCAUUAAGGCAGCAAAACAUAGGCUUAAAAGCAUUCAGGCAAUGCCUGAUAAAAUCUGAGAAACUGGAAGAGAGGGGUGCAAAAGUGUUCAAGAGAUACGGCAUUAGUGCUCUCCAAAGCACUUUUGCCUUUUCCUAUUACUAGCAAAAGCAGAAAUCAUGCAAAAUAAAUAAUUAUAUGCC